ACAAUUCCGUAUCAAUCUAUUUCUGUAGUUAAUACUGAUCAGAUAGGUGAGACUUUGCACCUAGGCUCAAACACAACCCCCACGACUCUCCACAGUAGGCAUACACGAUCCUGGUGGCUAGCACUGCCACAGCGGGACGGGACAUCGAUGCAUCUGAGACACGGGAUUGCCGUUGUCUAGAGAAUUUAGUCGCCGCCUGAUCUUCUUGACAGGUUUAAGCCUGUCAAUGUGUCAGCGAAACCUUGUGGCCGAGGCAAACGCGGAAGUCAACGAUACGCGAACCGAUGAUUGAAGGCUAACUAGUCAGUAUUAGGAAUAUGCAGGAAAGCCAUAAGUAUCACAUGACAAAUAGAAGAGACAAAGAAUGACUAUGGAAGAUUUCCUGGUACGACGUGAAUAUCAAGCCUUGAAGAAGACCUGUCAUGUCAAAGGGAGACUCCCUUGCAGCAAAGAACCAUCUAGUUGGGUCGCGGGAGAAAUCGUCAUGGAUGAAUCAAUGAAUGACAGGACGCUGAUCGCGCCAAGCUCAUGUCAAAGUGAAAAGAGCCGAAAUCGUAUGAUAUGGCAUGCUUUUCGGGGAGUGAUUGUCUCAGGAUCUGAGACUGGGAUGAUCCUGAGAUAUUGCCUGCUUGCCCAAGAUGGUGGUAAACACGUGUGUGAGGAUGAAACAACAACUACGAUGACACUCUGUAUAGCCGAGGAGAAGAGUUCCAUUCCAGAGAUCGUCAACAACCACACAAAUCUUGCCAAUAGGAUGGUAGACGAAUCCCGAUCGUCCCGUUUGCCUGCUCGUAUAUUUUCAGAAGAGGAUCUGCCCCGCAGCGUUUACCUUCGGAGGAAGCUGACGUUGGCAGCCCAAAGCAGCAGGACGGUGUAAAUCGGUGGCAGUGAGUGCAUUGCCAACCAAUCAGAUGGGAAGAAACUGCUCGCUACAUUGACCUCGAUUGAGUCAAAUUCCCUUGGCGCUAAAGCCAACGGAGAGGGUCUGGAGGGAAAAAGCUUGUGUGGCGUAGACAAGUUAAGACACGGGCCAGAGGCCGAAUAAAAAGGGGCCAGCCAUUGACGACCUCCACUCAUUGCUGGAAAUACCUCGGAAGCUUCCGACACAAGCUCGGGUCAAGCAAUGGUUCAGCGUAGGCAUCCAUCAAAUAAGGUCCCGCUGAGGGAAAUAAGAGGACCAACAGAAUCUGAAAGGACCAAAUAGCAAGAACAAGUCCAUUCCCAAGUCUGACU